CUUUGGGCUGGGCGUGUUUACAUUCCACUUGAUUUUUACCAUUUUUACAAAAUACGUUUUAUUUUUAUUCAUAAACACCAUUCCAACAGUGCCUUUCAAGAUGCAUUCAGCAAAACUGUUUCUUCCACUACUAAUCUUUCUGAUUACAUUCGAAAAAGGUAGGGCGAUCUGGUGUUACCGCUGCACAUCAGCCACACCCGGAUGUGGUGACAAGUUCAACUGGCGUGGCAUCGGCUACCUGGGUGACCCGUGCCCAGAAGAUGAUGAUAUCUGUGUGAAAGUGAUUGAGCGGAAGGGCACAACUGAGACCAUUACGCGAGAGUGUUUAAGCGCUCUGCAGGGUUUUCGAACCGAUAUACCAGCUGAUAAGUACGAAGGUUGCUAUGGAUCCGCAAAAGACGAGCAGUUGGCUCACUACGUGAACAAUUCAAUCAAACAGUUGGACGUACGACGAGAUUACUUUAGCAGUACAACGUUUUGUUUCUGCUUUCUGGACCACCGGUGCAACGGGGCCCCUAGGAAACAAUCGGUCGUUUGGAUGAUGAUGGUAUCGGUUUUAGUGGGCGCUUUGCUUGCUCGUCCAUUGAUGCUGAGAUGAACCAAUCACUCCACUUAGUUGAUCAAGAAACGCCAACACUCUUGAUAUUUGCUGUUAGAUGAUAGUAUUAGCAGGAAACAUACCGUCCGUUUUUUUAUAAAUUAGUGCGUAAUGUGCCUUCAAUCUCAGAGAAAUCUAAGAUACGUUCGAAUAAGUAAAAUAAGCAAAAUAAAUAUUUUUAACAGAUAAAAACAAAUAAUAAAGUAUUGGAAAAUA